AUGUCCUUGCUGAAGAAGGAAGCGCACACUGAAUGGAAGCUACCCGCCUGUGAGCGUUGUCGACUGCGCAAGGUAAAAUGCGAUACCUUGCCACCGAAAUGUACGUCGUGCAGGCGCGGUGAUGCCGCUUGCAUCAUCGUGGAUCCGGACAGUCGUGAGAGGUACACACGGGAUGGACUCUAUCAGCUCGAGCAAAAGCUGCAGCUUCUGGAGCAAACUACGGCCCAUCUAGCCAGCAACCCUCAAGUCGCGUCCCCAGCAUCACCAAGCGCCACCAAAGGUACGAGAACACAGUACGUUGGCGAUGGUAGCGGCCUACACUUCUUUAACGAAUUGUCGUCACAUACGACAGCGGGACUACCUCUGACCGAAGAGGCUCCAUAUCUGCAGCACAAAUGGCCUGAUUAUGCGACUAUCGCGCCACAUAGCUUGCCCACGUCCGACAUCGCGCAGCUACUCGUGGACCAUUGGAUAUCCCACGUAUAUCUUCUUCACCCUUUUCUCGCAGAAAAGGAAGUUUUGGACACCUUUCGACGAGUAUAUAACGCAACGCAAAAUCACGCGACGCCUGAUGACCUAUACCGCCUGCACAUGAUAUUUGCUAUCUCUUCAGUCACUACCUUCAGACGUGGACAGACGCAAGAACAUCCUUAUGGCUACUUUCGUGCUGCCCAGCAUUACUUCGGACAGGUCAGCAUGACUGGAAGCAUGCAGGGCAUACAGAACGUCCUUCUCAUUGCUCGCUUCGCAAUGUAUUAUCACGUUGAUUGUUCGAUCUGGGAUCUCUCCAGGUUUUGCAUCAGACAGUGCAUUGCGCUCGAACUACACCGACCACCAGCUCAUGUGCUUUCGCCUUUCGAGGAGCAGCUUCGGCGCAAUGUCUUUUGGGAUUGUUACAUCCACGAUCGAUACAGCUCUGGUAUUCUGGGUAGGCCUUACGCGAUAGCUGAGGACGAUAUCACAGUGGAAUUGCCGGUUGAGAGGACCGAAGCUGAUCUUGCAAAUGGGUCGACUCUCGAGGACAGCACUUCCCACGGUAGACCUGAUCCGCCAAACAAAGCUUCGGUGUUCUGCUUUCUGAUCAAGCUGCGGCGGCUCUUCACACGCAUAUCCACUUGCUUCUAUACUACUUACGGUCACACUGAAAGUCAAAGAAGAAGUCUCGCUCACGCUGCCCGCGUGAGGACCGAUCUUGAUUGUUUCAUGCGUGAUCUGGAUCGAUUGCGCUCCGAAGCUCCCGUCUUUGACGACCUCAAGAGCUUGUACGAGCGGCCGCAGUGGUAUGACUUCAUCAUCGAGAAAGAUCGUUUGACGCUCCUGCGUGGGGCAAUCACGCAUAUGCCGGUAGACCGUCUCCAGCCGCCCCGAAAAUUGCUGCUUACAGCCAUGGAGUGCGCCACGAGGGUGCUGGGUCUAUACAACGCCAUGUUCUCGUCUGGACACAUUACUUGGACUCGCAGCUACUUUCAAAUCAUGUUCACGAGCGGCCUGACAAUCAUGUAUACGAUGUCGGCCCUGAGAGAGGAGAAGAAACGACUCCAGAAAGAUGUUGUCAAUCCCUUCUCUCAAGCUACGCAUGCCCUGAUCACCACCGCCGAGCUUAUGAAAGUCUUUGUCACGGAGAUGCCAGAUGCCAGCCGCUUCGCCACCGUAUUCGAAAUGCUUGUCAAACACUAUACGGGGACCGGAACACGUGCACGACCUAGUAGAGGUGUCUCUCCUUUGCAGCAUGGUGUUUUGGUACCUGGGGCAUCACGACCGUCUGGGAACCACGACACCGAUUCCGAGGUUGCCAUUUCGCGACCGCUGAGCUCUCAGGAAGUGCGUGUAGAGGAAAUGCCAAACAACGACAUACCGCCUUUGGGAGGCGGCCCUGCUGACUUCUCUCAGGGCGGCGGCUACGACUUCGGCAACGAGUUCGAUCUCGACGGCCUCCCGGACUGGUCGCUUCACCCGGGGACCGACAACAUCCUUGGUCAAGUAGAAGCAAGUCUGGGCGAAUAUGCCUGGGGAAUGGCGCCAGAUGAUAGUGUGUGGUCCCAGUGGGACGUCUUUCAAAACAUGCCAUAA